ACCUACCCUCUGAACUCAGAGAGUGACAACGUGACUAGCUACAUCUGCGUAGUCCCCUUUAAGGAGCUGGGUCUGGGACUGAGCGAAGAGCAGGUCUCUGAAGAGGAGGCACACAAUCUCACCGAUGGCUUCAGCUUGCCUGCGCUCAAGGUCCUCUUUCAGCUCUGGGUAGGGCAGAGUUCAGAAUUCUUCAGGAGGCUGGUGCUGCUCCUCUCUCCAGCCAAUGCGUCCCCCAAGCCCUUGGUCUCUCCCGAACGGCUGCCUCAUCAUAUCUUGUCUGAUGUGACUCAAGGCCUACCUCACACCCAUGCUGCCUGCUUAGAGGAGCUUAAGCGAAGCUAUGAGUUUUAUCGGUACUUUGAAACCCAGCAUCAGUCAGGUUUUGAACGGCCAGCCAGAUCAAAGCAGAAGUCAAGAGAGCUGAACAGUCUUCAGACAGCAGUACGCAGCUUGCAGCUUCAUCUCAAGGCACUGCUCAAUGAGGUAAUAAUUCUUGAGGAUGAACUUGAAAAACUUGUUAGCACUAAGGAGACACCUGAGUUGACAACAGAAGCCCAUGAGGUUCUGGAACAAAAACUAAAGUUUAUUCAGCCUCAUAUCCAGGCCAGCAACAGCUGUUGGGAAGAAGCCAUUUCUCAGGUGGAAAAAAUGAGUGGAAGAAACCCAAAUAAAAAAG